UAAAGCGAAAAGUGAAGACAGACAGGUGGAAUAACGGGUUUAUUAAAUUAACAGCAUUAAAUUAAUAAUCAAGGUUUUCUUAAUUUUUUUCCGGAAUACGUGUAAAGAUUAUUGAAAGUGCUCAACCGUUCAAGAAUUUUUGAGACGGAAUCAAUAGAAAAUCUGUGUUGAAAAAUCAACAUGCAGGGAUUCCUAAUGUGUGUGCCUUUAUACAUUAUUGCGGUGUUCAUAUUUGGUGCCUCAAUAACAGCGGGAUUGUUUGUAUUCCAUGUGGCCGUUGUGCCUUUGAUAUUUAAGUACUCCAAGACAUUCCAGCGUAGCUUAAUUUUUGCGAAUUUUGCCCAAUGGCCGUUCCACAUAGACUACGAAGACCCAGCAUCCAGCGGUAUAGAGGGCGGUAGAAAUAUUACCAUCGAGUACCAGUCGAAAGUUGAUAAGUGCCCCGUUAAAUUGGGCAUCUGGCACAUUCUGCCGAAGAGCUGCUACGAGAAGCUGAAAGGGAAUUUCGAUGACAGCUCCGACAAGGAAGUGCUGAGUAGGCGCUUGGACGACGAGCUCGCUAACUCGAAUCGGCCCAUUAUACUCUAUUGUCAUGGCAACUCAAACUCCCGCGCAGCGUCGCACAGAAUAGAAUUGUACAAAUUCUUUCAAAAAAUGGAUUUUCACACAAUCGCUUUUGAUUAUCGAGGCUACGGCGACUCCACAAACAUCCAGCCGAGCGAAAGCGGCGUGGUGGAGGACUCGCUGGUGGUGUACGACUGGCUCCACACCACCAUACAGACCGGCCACGGCAGGCCCGCCGUGUUCGUGUGGGGCCAUUCCCUGGGGACAGGUAUUUCGUCUCACCUCCUAGGAAACCUAGAAGAGCUUUCGAAAAAUGUCCUAGAUCGGCCCAAACCUCUGCCGCAAGCCCAUGGGCUCAUAUUGGAAGCGCCUUUCAACAAUUUGGCGGACGAAGUCGCGAACCAUCCGCUAGCUAAGCUGGUGAGGUGGCUGCCGUACUUCGAGGCGACGUUCGUGUCGCCGUUCGUGGAGAACGAGACGCACGCGUUCAGGUCGGACGCGCACCUGGCGCGCGCGCCGGAUCUGCCCGUUCUGAUACUGCACGCCAAGGAUGAUAUCGUCGUGCCGUUCUGCGUGGGCGUUAAGUUAUAUAGAUCUAUAGUCGCUUCGAGGAACAGCGACGACUCGAAAGUAUCUUUGCACGCAUACGACAAAGCGGAGAGUCUCGGCCACAAGUAUAUUUGCCACGCCAAAGAUCUGGCCCACGUUAUCGGUGAAUUCGUCACAAAACAUCGUUAAAUAUAAUCAUCGCAACGGUCGCGAGUUCGGUUCCGGCUGUCGCUAUGUUGGGUAGUGCUUUAAAUUUGCUUUGCGCUUUUCGUGUCCUAAUUGGCAAAUUUUCGUAAGAUUUUAUUAAAAAUUAAAAUACUCAGCUAGAUUAUGUGUUAUGGUAAUUUAAUCAUGAUAAUUACAUAGAUUAUUUUCACAACUUGCUGAUAGUCACUGUUGGCCUAUUGAACAAUUUUUGACAAACAUUUUUUUCGGGUUUAUCAUAUUAUCUGAUGGAUAUGCUAUAUAGCACAUAUCCGUAAGUUGUGAAACUGGUUAUAUUUGAAGGAUUAUACACAACAAAA